UUUACCGCGGUGCCGGCCGAUCGGGUCACGAGACGGCGCAGAAAGCAGCAGGCUGCCCGUCGCCGCACUCCGGGCUUCUUAACCAAACUCGACGUAAUCCAGCUCUUCGGGCCUUUUCUUUUUCGUCUCUCUGAGCCUGGUGUCCGAUGUACGGCCGUCCUACACGCUCCUAAUCGUCGCCGAAAGGUGGCCUUGACACAACAUCGAAUCUCUCGCAGAAUCCGAACCCUCCGUCACCCUGCCGUGUGUCCGGUGGCCUUGUCGCUCAGUUCCGCUGCUGCUGCGCUCCUGAACUUCGGGCCGCAUCUCGCAUCACAGCAGUUUCAGACUGAUGCCGAACCCAUGCUUAUACUGUAAUCAUAAAAAGAUUAUUUGGUAAAGGGACGAAUAUUGCUGUGAUUUAUGGUUCGCAUGGACACUGGAGAUACAACGACCAGGACUCCUGGGCCAUGGAUUUCCACGACUGCAAAGGAAAAUCUCAGUCUCCCAUCAACAUUGACACCCGAAACGUCGCCGUCGACCCCGGCAUGGCCCCGAUAAAGCUGGAGGGAUACGAUCUGACGGACGAGGAGUCCCUGAAAUUGAUCAACAACGGGCACACGCUGCAGCUGAGCCUGCCCGGCAGCAUGCGCAUCGUCUCCGGGUUCGACGACGUCUUCGUCGCCGCCCAGCUGCACUUUCACUGGGGCACCAGGGAGGUGCCUGGGUCCGAGCACACGGUGGACGACGUCCAUUUUCCCGCAGAGAUUCACGUGGUUCACUACAACAGCAAAUACGCCAAUUUCGCCGAAGCUGCCAGCAGGCCCGAUGGGCUGGCGGUCCUGGCGGGUUUCAUUCAGAUCGGGCUGCGCGAAAAUGAAAACUACGAGAAAAUCCUUUCGUCGAUCAAAGAUGUCAGCAUAGAAGAUUCCGAUACCGAAAUCCCCGGUUUCAACGUCCUCCAUCUGCUGCCGGCCAACCUGGGCAGAUUCUAUAGAUACAACGGCUCACUGACCACCCCUCCUUGCUUCCAGACGGUGAACUGGACUAUAUUCAAUGAGUCGAUUACAGUAUCAAGGACACAGCUGGCCACCCUGGAGGACACGCUGAAGGCCGACCGCGACCGGCACCUGUCCAAGAACUUCCGAGCGCCCCAGCGUCUUCACGGGCGCCGCGUGCUGUCCUCUUUCGGCGCUUUGCCGGACGCCAGGGGCCGUCGCGUGAACCCCCCUUUUUCAGCAGACGUUGAUUCGGCAAACAACGGCGUGCCAGGGAACGAACGAGUUGGUGCUGAUGGUGGGUUUACCAGAGGUGAUGUCUUGGCCACGGCAUUCGGAGUCCUCUUUUUUGUCACUCUCCUGUCUUUCAUGGUAUAUGCUUUUCAACAACAGAAAAAAUACUCAAGGUUCAAAAAGGAUGCAAGACAGAAUGUAAUUUAUCAACAAGCUACCAAAGAAGAUAUAUAA